AUGACUGAUGAAGGGGACAGGAACGCUGCGAGCAGCCGGGACAGCGGGGCAGAGGUAGCCCGGGCGGCCCCCCAGGACUCGCACAACCAAACCGCAGGAGGAGAGCGUAACGAUCUGUUUAAUUUCUUUAUCAACGACCUGGAUGAGGGGACGCAGUGCACCAUCAGUCAGUUCACAGGUGACGCCACGUUAUGGCGGAAUGUCCAUCUGCCUGAGGGUGGGAUGGCCCUACAGAGGGAUCUGGACAGGCUUGAUCGGUGUUACUUUUUUAGGCUUCACGAGAGUCCAGAAGAAGAGCCGCGCAUCCUGCUGGAGUGUGACAGCGGUGUGCUGGAUGCCAUACAAAAACAUCUGAAACUGUACAAGAUCCGGAGGAAAGUAAACAUCGCUCCCUGCCUUGACCUCUCUUUGUGGGCUGUUGUCCCUGGGGAGCGGGCUGGAGACAUUGCCAAUUCCCUCACAAAAUGUGCAGACCAGGCUCUGGUUUUAACUCCUGACCCCAGAACAGAAGUCAUGGGCUGGAGACUGAUUACAAAGAAAGGAGCAAAUCUAUCGGAGAUUAUCCCUGGGAGUCAGAUUGGAAAUAUUCAGGAUUACCACAGGCACAGGUACCAACAAGGAAUUCCUGAAGGUGUGAAAGAUCUUCCUCCUGGAGUAGCCCUCCCGCUGGAAUCAAACCUGGCCUACAUGAACGGCAUCAGCUUUACCAAAGGCUGUUACAUCGGACAGGAGUUGACAGCCAGGACCCACCACAUGGGUGUCAUUCGCAAACGUCUGCUGCCAGUCCACUUUUCAGCUCCUCUUCCCAAGGACAGCAUUCCCGAGGGCGCUGAGAUCUUAACCGAAUCGGGAAAAUCGGCUGGCAAGUUCCGGGCCGGAGGAGGUGAACUGGGUAUAGCUUUGCUGAGGUUGGCUAAUAUAAAUGAACCACUCUGCCUAAAUAUAGCAGGUGAUAAAGUGAAGCUCACUGCAAGUAUACCCGAGUGGUGGCCAAAAACUGCUAAUAAAUAAACGAGGAACCACCACUCGCACAUUUGCCUUAUUGAGGAUAUAUUUCGUGUGGUAAGUUUGGGAAGG